CUCCCGGAAUUUAACCUGUGCACCAAUCAGCCGAAAGCCAGCGUUCGAAACCCUCUUCCUAAUAUGCCCAACAACUUCCACUUCAAAGGCGAAGAGAUCAUAGUGUUCAAUCAAGGCGCUAUCCCCACUAUAGAGCGAUACGAGGAGUCUUUCUACUAUGACUUCAAUGUGUCGAUCGUCCGGACGGAGGAGGCCACAGGCUCCGGGGACGCCAUUAGUCGGACUUGGCUCUAUACCGUGGCUGACUUCAAGACAGCACCGCCACUUAAGCAGAGGUAUUGACUGCGACGUCUGGAGCGGCGGCUUCAAGAACACACCAGGUUAUCAGCUGGAGUCCAUCUACACCUGGUACUUUGCUAGCGCCGACUGGCUGAAGCUGUCCGGCUACCAAGUGGACUACGGCAUGCCUGUGGCCUUGACAAUCACGAAGCAAGAGUCCGUGACUACCAUGAACUUCUACGAGUUCACCACGGAUGUGGACUCCCAGGUACCGGAUGUGUCCCUCUGCUUCGACCUCAACCUCACACAAAACAUCAAGUUUACCCUUGGAGGUCGCUAUGAUCAAGUGGUCACCCCAAACCCAUAUGCUUUCCGAUACCAGCUCACAAAUGCAAUUGUAUCUAGAGCCAACAUUAAGACAGCGGUCCGACUCUCUGAAUUGCAGUUCUAUCCCGGAGAGAGCGGCAUCGUAGUGGAGUUCAAACUUCUGGACACAAGCAAGGAGGUCGGUGACGUCACCUCCCCUGUUCAGCGAGUGGCCAACAGGGAUGCCAUAUUUGCCCUCCAAAAGAGCGUCAAGGACGGUCAGUUUACAGUUACUGUCACCUCACCCACGGGAGGCCAGCAGGAGGAGGAGGAACAAGUGGAGGCAGCACAAACCCAACUACAGGCCCAGGUACAGGCACAGGUGCAGGUACAGGCACAGGUGCAGGUACAGGCACAGGCCCAGUUACAGGCCCAGGCCAAGGCCCAGGUACAGGCACACGUGACAAGAACUCAGGAGGAUAUACUCCAAGUGACAUGGCUGGCCUUGCAUUCGGUAUGAUUUUCCUGACAACCGGUUGCCUGAUGCUGGGAGCCUACCUCUUUAUUCGUUUGCGCAGGCGGACCGGAAAUGAAGACAUGUUUAAAAUGAGCAAGAUCGAAGACAGCUGAAAAUUUUAACUGACCAAAUAUUAAAAGCCACAGGUACACAGACAGGUGCGCACUUGAAGGCACUUGUUUACACUUGUACUUAUCAUUAAGUGUAUAUUUUUUUUACUCACAUAAUUAAGUAUGUACUCACACACAGACGCACACACGCGCACACACACACACACAC